UGGCACUGUAGAGAUGAAGUAGCUAAGAAGAACUUAGUGGCAAAAUACUCUCAAAAUAUUUUCAUUCAAAAACUCCAAAAAAUUCCUUAAUUCAAUGUCAUAGUCAUCGUACAUUGUCAUUUUAACAUAAUCUCCAUGGAAACUGAUCAACAAGGACUACCUGCAGAUGAAGAAGAGGAGGAAGAAGAAGCCAGUUGCAAGAAACAGAAGAUCUUUGUUGACAAGGUAAAGUCCACUAUUCCUUUUCAACCCACAAAUCACAAAGCACAUAGCUCAAAUUCGACUAACAGUAUAAGUGUUGCUGCUGAAAUAAGCAAAGAAAUUGAUGGUAAAAUGCCCUUUAUUAGGGAGAUACCAUUCCAUGAGAAAAGACCCUUAUUUGGAAAUGAGUGGCAAAAUAUGGGGAUUUAUCAUUCAGUGAGCAAAGACCCUUUUGGACAAAAAGAGGAAUUUUUGGGUACUGAGGAAUCCCAAGACUUUAGCUCUAACAUGCACAAAUUCCAAAGAAAGGAACCCUUAGUUUGCAUAGAAUCAUCUUUUAAAGAAACCUCAUGUUUAAUGUCUAAUGUCCAUGGUGGCACAGAAUCAUCUGAUGAAUGUAAUACUAGUACAAGCAAUCGUAAAACCAAGAUAAGCUUAAUUGGAGUAAGAAAGCAAAAGAAUGGGAGGUAUGGUGCUGUGAUUAGAGACACAAUUAGGCGUAAGCAAGUAUGGUUAGGCACUUUUGACACUAUUGAAGAGGCUUCACAAGCGUAUUUCUCCAAGAAGUUGGAGCUUGAGAAUGAGAAAUUAAACCAGCAGGGUAAGAAGGUUAAUAAAGCAAAUGAGAAUUGUGAUCAAACUCAGCCGCCUGAAUCACCUGUUGUAGUGGCAUCCUUGUCUGUGGCUAAUAUUGCUAGUGUGGGUAUAAGAAAUGAAAGACUCGAACUCAAAACAACAACGCAUAUCGUUGGGGUUCACAAGAGCAAUAAGUCAGAGAAAGAACCCGAAUUGUCUAAAGAAACUUCAUGUCUAAUGGCUAAUGUUCGUGGCACAGAAUCAUCUAAUGAGUGUAAUACUAGUACAAGCUGUAAUCCUAAAGUCAAGAUAAGCUUGCUUGGAAUCCGAAGGCAAAAGAACGGGAAGUAUGGUGCUGUGAUUAGAGACACAAUUAGGCAUAAGCAAGUAUGGUUGGGAACUUUUGACACUAUUGAAGAGGCUUCACAAGCUUAUUUCUCCAAAAAGUCAGAGCUUGAGAAUGAGAAAUUAAACCUGCAGGGUAAUAAGGAGUAUAGACCAAACAUGAAUCCUGAUCCAGUUCAGCAGCCUAAAUCACCUAUUGUGCCAUCCUUGUCUGUUGCUGAUGAUCAAACCGUGGAAACUGCUAGUGUGGAUAGCAGAAAUAAAAGAACUGAUUCUCACGAAGCAGUAGUGGAUAUCAUUGGGGUUCGCAAGAACAAGACGUCAGGGAAAGAACCUGAAUCUUCUACUGACCCCGCAUGUCUAAUGGCUAAUGUUGAUGGCACGGAAUCAUCUUAUGAGUGUAAUACUAGUACAACCUGCAAUCCUAAAGGCAAGAGAAGCUUACUUGGAAUCCGAAGGCAAAAGAACGGGAGGUAUGGUGCUGUGAUUACAGACCAAAUUAAGCAUAAAAAAGUAUGGUUGGGCACUUUUGGCACUGUUGAAGAAGCUUCACAAGCUUAUUUGUCCAAGAAGUCUGAGCUUAAGAAAUUAGGCCAGCAGGAGAAUAAACCAAAGAAGAAUUGUGAUCAAGUUCAGCAACCUGAAUCAUCACCUGUUGCAGCAUCCUUUUCUAAUAUGGCUAAUGAUCAAACCUUGGAUAUUGCUAGUGAAAGGGGAAGAGAUAAAAGAAUCGAUUCUCACAAAACAACAACGCAUAUUAUUGGGGCUAACAAGAGCAAGACAGCCGGGAAAUAUACGUCUGAGAUUACAAACCCCAUCACUAAAAAGAAAAUUUGGUUGGGGACUUUUGGCACUGCUGAAGAGGCUUCACGGGCUUAUCAUUCUAAGAAGCUCGAGUUUCAGAGAUUAGUCAAGGCGAAGCAGCAGCAAUGUACUGAUAAGAAAACUCAUUCUAAGCAAGAUGCAGGGGAAGAGAAAGUAAUCAAUGUCAAGCAAGGACAUGAAAAUGUAAAUUGUGAACCUUUUCUGCCCGAAUCACCUAUUGUGACAUCCUUGUCUGUGGCUAAUCAUGAUCAAACUUCAAAGUCUCCUAGAGUGAGUAGAAGAAAUAAGACAGUCGAUUCUCAGAAAACAACACAUAUUGUUGGGGUUUACAAGAGAAAGACAGGGAAAUAUUCGUCUGAGAUUAGAAACCCCAUCAAUAAGAAAAGAAUUUGGUUGGGGACUUUUGGCACUGCUGAAGAGGCUUCCCAGGCUUAUCAAUCUAAGAAGCUCGAGUUUCAAAAACUAGUCAAUGCAAAGCAGAAAUGUAGUAAUAAACAAACUCAUUCCAAGCAAGAUGCAGGGGAAGAGAAAUUAGUCACUGUCAAGCAAGGACAUGAAAAUGUAAAUUGUGAACUCAAAUCAGCCGGUGGACCAGAAAUUGAUGUUCCAAUCUCAAAUUCAUCUAAUGAAGGAACUGAUCAAAUGUUUGAUACUGCUGAAGAAGCUUUCCAUGCUUAUCAGUCUAAGAAAUUCGAUCUUCAGAGUUCAAAGGAGGUCGAACUGCAAAGCGAUGUGCCAACUGAUUCUAGUACAAGGGAGAAGCAAGAAGGUCAAGAGGAUGAUAACGAUUUAUGGAUGGGGGAAUGGGUGCAACUUCCAGGUAAUACGGCAGUCAAAUUUUCACUUAAACUGGGCUUACCAAUCAUCGAUAACUAUGGAUCUCUUUUAGGUGAAUUCAGCACUUUGGAUGAUCUCAGUAUUUGUAAAACUGAGGAUGGCAAUGAAACAUAACUGUGUUUUGCCUAGCUUAAAGUUUAGAAGUUUGUAAAUUGCAAGAAGAUUUUGGGUAAUUUGUAGUUUUAGGAUUCAGUAGAUAGUAAUAUUUAAGCUUCUUGCAAUUGUUGGUCUGCUACAUGGUAUAUGUGUGUAUUAGUAAAAGAGUAGCCCCUCUACCCUCCUUUCUAUGUUUGUUUCAA